CCUGAAUCGGAUAUCCUGUGGUCACUUCUCCGCUGAUCAUCGCCAAGGUUUCAGAGAAUGGGCUGACCAUCUACAUUCAGCCCAUCGAAGUUGCGGGGGAAUGUCGGGGAAGAUGCCGAUCUCACUAUGGCGCGUCUUCACCCCACGCAAUACGGCCUUCAUGUUGCUUUUCGAUCUGCACUCACUGAUCUUUUUCUCAGAUGAGGUUAGUUCUACAUGGGGUGACCGCAGCAAGAUUCCAGCUUCAACAUGACUAUAAAUACAGGGAAGGACUCGACUCGUUCCUUGUCGGAUUGUUGUAGCUCCGAUUUGGAAGCCCAAUCAAUUGCAUUGGCUUGAUCAAUUUGGAAGUCAUGUUUCUCAAGUCUACUAUCUUGACGACGAUUCUUGUGGGAGGCCAGUUAGGAGGAGCCUUAGUCGCACAGAGCAGCUCUCCACAUGCCCCGCCUACCUUGACCACAUCUUUCGAUACUCCAGCUUAUCGAUAUAGUUCGUUCAGCUACACGCAGCUCUCCUCCAACCGAUAUGCAACCCCAUUGUCUUCUCCUAUUUCAUUCUCCACCCCCUACGCCCCGCCGUUCAGUGAAGCAUCAACCUUGCUCCCUUCGGGCGUCACCUACACUACCUACAGCUUCAAUCCGACCGCAACGGCUGCUUCGGCGUCGAGGACAGGGGAAUAUGACCAGCAAGCAUAUAACAACCUCUGGACGUCCCUAUCCUACACUGCGUCUCCUCCCUUUACGACGACAGUUUCUCCCACCCCUGUCCCAAGUGAUGAUCUAUUGUUCCCGCCCGCUCUGACUCCAUACCUCGCGAACCCGGACAAGAAACUGCCCCCCGACUUCAUCUGGGGCGUUGCUGGCAGUGCGUGGCAGAUCGAAGGAAGUCUCCAGCUAGAAGGCCGUGGACCGAGCAUCCUAGACACUAUCGGGUCAAUCCAGGCCAACAGCAGUGCUAGCGAUGCCAACGUGGCCACCAUGAACUAUUACCUAUACAAGCAGGACAUCGCGCGUCUAGCAGCGCUGGGUGUGCCCUACUACUCAUUUUCCAUCGCAUGGAGUCGCAUCGUUCCCUUUGGAGUGGCUGGAUCACCUGUGAACUCUGAAGGCCUGGCUCACUACGACGAUUUGAUCAAUACCUGUCUUGAGUAUGGCGUCACGCCGAUCGUGACCCUAGUCCAUGCCGACUACCCUCCGUCCGUGGUAGCGGACAUGGGUAACUUGACCACGCACUACUUGUACUUUGCCAAACAAGUCAUGACCCGCUUUGCUGACCGUGUCCCAUACUGGGUCACCUUCAACGAGCCCAAUAUCUCAGUGGGCAGUGUCGCAAAAUCAUACAGCAUCCUGAAGGACAUCCUACUCGCACAUGCUGCCGUCUACCGCUGGUACAAGGAAACGCUCGGCGGCACGGCUCAAAUCACCUUGAAGUUCGCCAACAACCUUGCAUUGCCGCUCGACCCGACCAACAGCACUCACCUUGCCAGCGCCGUCCGCUACCAGAACUUCAUUCUUGGCAUCAUGGGCAACCCGCUCCUCCUUGGGGAGCAGAUCCCGUCCGAAGUCCUCACCACACCCAAUAUCACCCUCAGUGCGCUGACGGACGCGGAGCUUGCCGCCGUGAAUGGCACCGUCGACUUCAUCUCCAUCGACCCAUACACCGCCCAAUUCGCCUCUCCCGCGCCCGAGGGCAUUGAGGCCUGUAGCGCCAACGCCAGCAACGCUCUCUGGCCGUCCUGCGCCACACUCACCAAUGUCCAAGCCAACGGCUGGCUCAUGGGCGAGGCGUCGAAUGACUAUGCCUACAUCGCCCCGCAGUAUGUGCGCCAGCAGCUCGGCUACCUCUGGAACACCUUCCGGCCCAAGGGAAUUCUGGUGGCGGAGUUCGGCUUCAACCCGUUCGCCGACGCCAACCGCUCCCUCAACGCCCAGCGCUACGACCUCGAGCGCACGCUGUACUACCACUUCUUCCUGCGCGAGGUCCUCACGGCUAUCCACGAGGAUGGCAUCAAUGUGGUGGGGGCGCUGGCGUGGAGUGUCCUGGAUAAUGACGAGUUCGGCAGCUACGCCAACAUGUACGGGUUGCAGACGGUCAAUCGGACGGAUGGCCGAUUCGAGCGGCACUACAAGCGCAGCUUUUUCGAUUAUGUGGACUUUUUCCACCACCACAUCGAAUCCUGACUACAUACAGCCAGGCACAGUACAUUCACUAGGUAGUAGUAUCAGUGAUAAUAGUUCACAAGAAAGAAAACCGGUCUCAACCGAAUCAUCAAAAUAUGAAACCCGAUCCAAUUCAGCUCAA